GACCGAAGGGCCAAGGCUACCCCUUGUCCAGUGGUCCAACCGGAGGCCCAGAAGUACACGAGCCGUACCAUGGCAUCUGAGGAGCACCAGCGGGACCCAGCUGUGGGGGGCGGGCGCCCCCAGGUUUUUGCGCAGACAGAAGGAGGGAGGCAGCCGAGCGCGCAGCCGCAGCAGACUGGCCAGCAGCAGAAUGGCCAGCCGCAGCAGCAUGUCCAGCGGGACCCGCCCGCGCCUAAGCCUUUCCCAGGAGGUAGGCAGCCCGGCUUAGCCGCUUUGGCCGCAUCUGCAUUCUAUCCGCCGCUUAAUGCAGAGCAGCUAGAGACUUUGGAGACUGGUUUUGGACCGCUUUACAACAGCCUGGAAGAUAGACCGCUGUCAGAGUUCGGCAGCAGUUUGCCUCCCCUGUCUUUCUUCUCCGAAAUCGAACAGCUGGCAGCGACAAUCACGUCAGAUUUGCCAAAAGACGACGACGUCCCUGAGCUAGAGGACCCAGUCGAGCCAGAAGGUGCGUGGGAGGAGGAGAACGUAGACAUGUCUCAGAACCACCGCCGGUUUGUGCCAGAUUUUGGCAGAGCCGAGUCUUCUUCUUCGUCGGAUGGUCAGUCAGAUGAUCCAUCCUAUCAGCCGUCAGACCAGGAAACUAGUGAGGGCGAGUCUGCGGAGUCGGCAGCGGAAGAGCUGGACAGCCCAGAGACACCGCGUGACCCUCCCCCAGACCGUUCCCCCAUCGUCGAAAACCUGCGUCGGCUGUGCCAGCGGCAGCCCCGCUACGACCCGAACCACUCUGAAGUGGGUUCGGACAAUGACAUCCUGCACCCCUGGUCCUCCACCCACAUCAUCAACGACCCCCAAGACUACCCCUGCUUCUGGGAUGACGUCCCCGGGGACGAGCAGCGGCUGAUCGGCGACGUGGUCUUCGUCGUCCAGCGCCGCGUCCCCACCCAGGGCUCCGAGAAGCACGCUGGCAAGGUGGACCGCAAGCUCAUUGCAAUCCAGCGCAACUUCUUCGUCAUGGGCGACCGGGAGGCCGCCCAACGCUGCGUCAGGUACAUCCGGACAGCUGACCGCCUGGAGGCUGAGUUCCGGUGCCGCCGCGAGGAGAGGGAGCCUGCCCCGGCCCCCAAGCGCCCCAAGGGCGGCCUCUUCACGAUCCUCAGCAGCCUCGACACCCGGAUGGCCAACGUCGAGCAGCGCCUGCCGGACCUCAAGGGAGCCGGCCCCUCAUCACCGCCCCAGCCCAGCCCUUCAUUCGCCUAG